GGGGGCGAGCGACCGAGCGCGGCGACGCGGGACCGAGGUGUGUGAGGCUUCCGGGCAGACCCGGGCACGGGCGCCGCCUGCGCAGCCUUCGCGCGCUCUCCCUGCCUUCCCUCUCGACCCUCUCUCUCUUUCUCUCGGGUCCUCCUGGGCGGGGGACGGGGAGUGGCAAUUCGACGACAGGUUCUCGGGGUUGCCUCCCACGCCCCCAGCCUCCCGUCGUCGUCCUGUGCUGGCUGCAGCCUCCUCAGGGAAGCGUCCCUCUCCUGCUGCCGCCUCCGCCCUUCCAGUGCGCUCCUUUCCCCCCUCUUACCAUUUAAAUAGUAUUUGGGAAUUGUUUAAAUGUUUUUUAAAAAAUAGGGAGGCCGGAAUCGGAGUUGUGGAGAAGCAGAGGGACUCAGUGUGGUGUAAAGGAAUUCAUUAGCCAUGGAUGUAUUCAUGAAAGGACUUUCAAAGGCCAAGGAGGGAGUAGUGGCUGCUGCUGAAAAAACCAAACAAGGUGUGGCAGAAGCAGCAGGAAAGACAAAAGAGGGUGUUCUCUAUGUAGGUUCCAAAACCAAGGAGGGAGUGGUUCAUGGUGUGACAACAGUGGCUGAGAAGACCAAAGAGCAAGUGACAAACGUUGGAGGGGCGGUGGUGACUGGUGUGACAGCAGUAGCCCAGAAGACUGUGGAGGGAGCAGGGAGCAUUGCAGCCGCCACUGGCUUUGGCAAAAAGGACCAGCUGGGCAAGAGUGAAGAAGGAGCCCCACAGGAAGGAAUUCUGGAAGAUAUGCCCGUGGAUCCUGACAAUGAAGCUUAUGAAAUGCCUUCCGAGGAAGGGUAUCAAGACUAUGAACCUGAAGCCUAAGAAAUACUUUUGCUCCCAGUUUCUUGAGAUCUGCUGACAGACGUUCCAUGCUGUACAAGUGCUCAGUCCCAGUGUGCCCAGUCAUGACAUUUUCUCAAAGUUUGCAGUGUAUUUUGAAGUCUUCCAUCAGCAGUGAUUGAUGUAUCUGUACCUUCCCCCACUCAGCAUUUCGGUGCUUCCCUCUCACUGAAGUGAAUAUAUGAUAGCAGGAUCCUUGUGUACUGUGGAUAUUGUGGCUUCAAAUCCAAAAUGCUAAAACAAAUUAAAACACCUAAGUGACUACCACUUAUUUCUAAACCUUCACUAUUUUUUUGUUGCUGUUGAUAAGUUGUGAAUGAUUUAUUAUCAUAUAUAAUAUAAGAUUUGUAGGUGUCUUUUAAUGAUUCUGUCUAAGAAUAAUGAUGUAUUGUGAAAUUUGUUAAUAUAUACAAUACUUAAAAACGUGAGCAUGAAGCUAUGCACCUAUAAAUAUUAAUUAUGAAAUUUUACUGUUUUGUGAUGUGUUUUAUUAACUUGUGUUUGUACAUAAAUGGUGAAAAAAUAAAAUGCUAUCUCAUUACAAAAAUA